AUGCUGGAGAAUCAAAUCGACUUGGGUAUUCCGCUCUCAGUCUUGGAACAUCUACUAGUUCUGUGCACAACGGAUGUAUAUUUCAGUUUUCGAGGCCGGCGAUUUAGACAAGUUGAUGGGGUGGCUAUGGGUAGCCCUUUGGGUCCUAUUCUGGCCGAUAUUUUCAUGGCUAGUCUGGAGAAGAAAGCCAGUAGGACACUGGACGGCACUAUCCUGUACAAAGAUACGUCAACGACACGUUGA